AUGGAAGCACUGUGUGGAACUCAUCCUUGUCAUCUUGGUUUCCUUAUGAUCCUAUGGCUUACAAUUCUUCCUAACAGAAGCGCAGCGUGUCCCAAAUCAUGUGCCUGUUACGUUCCGACAGAGGUUCACUGUACUUUUCGGUACCUCACUCUAAUCCCCAGGCACAUCCAGGCUAACGUGGAACGCAUCAAUUUAGGGUACAACAGUUUGAGUAGGCUCAUGGAACAUGACUUCUCGGGUUUGCAGAAGCUGGAGUUGCUGAUGUUACACAGUAAUGAGAUCCAGACAAUUCAUGAAAGCACUUUUAAUGAUUUAUCCUCUUUGCAGGUCUUAAAAAUGAGCUACAAUAAAAUAAAGUCACUUCAUAAGAACACAUUCCUUGGACUUAAAAGUAUGGUCAGGCUUCACAUGGACCACAACAAACUGGAAUUCCUACAUCCUGAAUCAUUCUAUGGUCUCACAUCUCUAAAACUGGUCCACCUAGAAGGAAAUUCGCUAAGACAACUCCAUACAGACACCUUUGUUACCCUCCGAUACAUACAGAUAUUUAAAACAUCAUCUAUAAAGCAUGUUUAUUUGUCCGGCAAUCAAUUAUCUUCCCUACCCAAAGAUAUGCUUUUAUAUAUGACAGAACUGGAGGGACUUUAUCUUCAUGACAACCCGUGGUCCUGUGAUUGUAACUUACUUUGGCUUAUAGAAGGAUCACAGCAAUUUAGAGAGCUAAUAAAAUGUAAAAGGGACCGUGGUGGCCAACAGUGUCCCAUAUGUGCAUCUCCUAGAAAAAACAAAGGAAAGUCCUUAAGUGACAUCUCGCCACAAGACCUUGUUUGUGCAAAACCAACAAUAGAUAACAUCUUUAAAACCAAGAAUGCUACCAUUACAGAAGAAGGAGAAGGCUUUACUGUUAUAUCUCCCAAGGAUUUUGUGGUUCCCAUGGGUACUCUUAUCCUGAAUAUGACUGAUAAUUCUGGAAACGAAGCAAAUUUAGCCUGCAGUGUUCAAAGACCUACAAAAAUGUCUCAAAUAACAUUGGAUAUAAAACCAGAUCACACAACAUUAAGAACUGCAUUCUCUUCUUUUCUUGUAUGCAACAUUGACUAUGACAAUAUUCAAAAGUUGUGGGGCAUUCUUGCAAUGUACAGUGAUUCCCCAAUGAAACUCAAAAGAGAACUCUUGCUUACAAAGACACCUUUCAUUAGCUACAAAUAUAGACAGUCUGCAUCAGACGAUGAUGUAUUUACAGACAUUGAAGCAGAACUGCGAGCUGAACCCAACUGGCUGAUGCAGGACACCGUGACAUUACAGUUGGAUAGGUCAGCUACGUCUCUCAGUAUGCUGCAUAUUAGGUAUUUUGCCGAUAUCCUUCUUACAAUACCAAACAGCACUGAAAAGCCUUUGAAAGCAAACUGGGCCAUGAUUCUUAAAAGUAACCAGACAAAGACUGAAUUUUCUGCGCUUAUUGGUGGGACAGUGGAAAUGGAUUGUCAGGUUUUGGGUGAACCCACUCCUUCAAUUGACUGGGUUCUUCCUGAUGGAACAAAGAUCAGGGCUCCCUAUGUAAGUGAAGAAGGAAGGAUAACGUUAACAAAGGAUGGAAAAUUCAUUCUCAAGGCAGCUGACAGCUUUGACACAGGGAUUUAUCAUUGCAUGGCUACAAAUUACAUUGAUGCUGAUAUCCUUUCCUUUCGAAUUACAGUACUCAGUGCUGAUGUGGAAGAAGACAAUGUGAAUGGUGCAGAGCUUACAGUCAGUAACGGGGAUGCACUUUAUCUUCCUUGUGGAUCACAUGGUAUCCCAGAUGCAUCCAUCAGCUGGAUUUUACCGGAUCGCUCAAUAUUACAUGAAUCAUCUAGGAACAAAAUAAUUUACUCCAAUGGCACUUUAAAAAUACAAGAUAUAACACAAAGGGACAGGGGAAAUUUCAGGUGCUUAGCAGCUAAUCAGUAUGGUCUUGACAUCCUUACCCACAAAGUAUUGGUUAAAGAAAAGAAAGUCAGCAUACUACACAAAACACAAAAGUUACAUCCCAAUGAUGAUGGAAAUGAAGAAGCAUCUGGAAAUGAAGAUUUUGAAGAAAACAGUAACUCAGCAAAGGCCAUCGAACGUAAGACCAUUUUGGCUCCAAAUAGGUUUGGUAAUCUAGCAAAAGAAUUUGAUCGAACAAGAAACAGGAACAUUGGGGUUGAAAAGCGAACUAAAAUAAACAAACGCAUUAGAGGACACAGACGUCAGUUUACUCACACCACAAGAAAAAUUGAUCCCCAGCGCUGGUCGGAGAUUUUUGAAAAAACAAAGCAGAAUGCCAUGAAUAGCAAAAAAGAAAAAGAGGGAGUGGAAGGACCGGUAAAAGAAAAACAGGAACUAGAAAGGUCAUCUGGUGAGGUAGCAGAAUCAUCUGGUGAAGAACUGCUUCCAGUAGAAGAACAUUUUUUGAUACUAACUACUAAACCGUCAGCUGUAUUAAUAUCAAAUGCAACAGUUACAGCCAAAGCAGUCACUGAUGUAAAUACAACACCUGUAUGGACCGCUAAAGAGGAAGAGCAAACUUUUGAUCUUCCCCUCGGAACAAGUGAUCCAAAAAGUCAUCAUUAUCUUGAUACACUUACACAUACUACAAAUGAGAAUUAUAAUGAAGAACCAACAACACACAGUUUUUUGAACAGCACUUCAAUAGAUGUAAUUGCACAGCCAACAACUACUUCCAGGACCCUUUAUACAACAACCAACUCUCAAUUGCCAUCCACACUGAGUAGUCUGAAUGUCAAGAGUGACUUAACAACUCCCUUUAAUUCAUUAACUGGUACACCUCAAAUUGUUAUUACUAGUCCAUUAACCACAAUUGGUUAUACUGACACUGCUUCACAGAAUACUGUAACAAUUCCACCAACAACAGCUGGUUAUGUGCAUACCACGCCUCAAGCUUUUAUCUCAGACUCAACAACUUCAGUAAACAAGCUGCAUGAACCUCCCAAGAACAUUCUAAAUACCCCAGUAACUACAUCUAACUAUUUGAAUAUUUCAUCAGAAAAUGUUGUAACAUACCCCUUUUCAGAUAUGACCCAUUCCACUAGUUCACCUCAAAAAACCAACAUUAACCCAACACCUGUACCCACUGACCUAUUUAUUUCACCACCCAAUGAUUUUACUAGUCAACCAGCCAGUUCUAGGAAUUUGGUGGUAACUCAAAUUAUUCCAGAUAAACUUCAUGAUAAUUCCAUUUCUCAAUUUAGAACAACAAUAAUUCCGUCUGAAACUCCAACAUCAUAUAAACCAUUAAUUUCCAAAGAAACUGUUACCAAGUCAGCUGUUAUACAAGAAGACAGGAUGUCAAAUACACCAGCAGCUAGAAAAGAGUUAGUAAAAAUGGACAUUUCAAAAUCUGAAAUAUCUGUUAUUACACCCAGCCUUACAACACAAUUUGUGCAUGUGUCUCCAAAGACUAGUCCUUCUUUAUCAAACAGUAUUGAAACAAAUUCUCUAAAUACUGUUCAGAGUGAGGCAGAUAUUAUGUCAGCGACUACCUCUAAUCCACCUUGGACAAAUGAGCUAUUUUCACAAUACAACCCUCCUCAACAAACACAAAACCAGAUAGCAAAAGUCCAGGAAGUUUCAGUAUCCAAAGACAAACCUGAAGAAGCAAAGGUAGUCAGUAUUGAUUCAUCAACAAAGUCAAUGUUUCUGUCACAAACUGACACUAGUCCUAUCUACAUUCAUAGUACUCAAAAAAUAAUCUCAUCUGGGCUUCCAGAAGGAUCCACAAUCAUUACCCAGCAACAGAUUCAAAUUGUAAAAAAUGUAACGCCUUUUGUACCAACUAUGAGACGUUAUGGAAGAAGAAGGAUAUCCGGCAAAAGACGAAUCAUUAGGCCAGAUCGGAUUACAAAUAUGCACAAGCUUAAAUUUGGGAAAUUUAAAGAAUAUGCUGAAAGCACUACGGCACAAAAAAACAUUCCCGCGUUCACUACACAGGGGCUCUUUUCAAAGAAUUCUUCUCCUACUGCUAUAGCUGUCCUUCCUACAACUCAUCAUGUCUCUCCAACUAUAACUUUUAACACUAUGUAUGGUAAAGGAACUCCACUUUCAAUUGGGUUAACAUUAGAAAAUACAAAUCCUCCCUCAUCCAAUAAUUAUAUAUCUUAUUCAUUAUCUGCUACAACUCCUACAGUAAAUACAGAAUAUGCCUCCACCAGUAAUUAUACCAUCUCCUCACAAUCAGUCAGUACGUCUCAAGAAAAUGUAGGCAUUUCCACAAACAGCAAUUCUUUUACACCAUACCAGCCUGCUACUCUAGGAAUACAUGACAAAAAAAUGGAGGUUUUGGAUACUCCCCAAAACAAGAUCAUAGAUGAACAAAACAGGGAAUAUAUUAGCACACCAUCUCCCAAAACCACUGUAAAAUCUAGAACUGCCUCUAGAAUGUUAAGAAGGAAAAUACCUUGGCACAGAUUGUUUGGAAAUAACAAGAUAAGGCAAAGCGAGAUAUUUAGGAAGCUUCGAAAAAACAGCCAACAUACGUCAACAGUUGCUAUGCCAACCAUUUCAUUACUCUCAAGUCCCAAAAUGAUUGGAAAUGCAUUAUUUCCCACUAAGGCUAGCAACCAAAUAGACCCCAUACAUACAUCAGUGGCAAAAGAACCAAUAGUGACGGAGAGUACUAUAAGACAGACGGCCACUGAUGUGAUCCAUCCCACACUAUCUAGCCCAAUGGCAACUUCAGAAGCAACAACUAUUGUACCUACUAAAAUUGUGUCUACUUCAGAAGCACCCACAUCUUUCAUUACUUCAGGCAUUACAGCAAAACAUAGAUUCUUAAAAAGAAAACAACCACGCAAGAAGACUUUGGUAUCCUUGAACACUAGUAAGUCAUUAUUGAAAACCAACAUGUCAACACUUACUCCAUCUAUCUUCCAAACAACUGUUCUAAAGUCAAGUACAGUGAAUACUUUGGAGAGGAAUACCAAAAUGUAUGCAAUUACUCAACAUCCACAACUUUUUGUUGGUACUGUUGCGGAUAAGAAAACUGCACCACUGUCAAACAUAGUCAACAAUAUCCUGGUGUCCUCAGAAAAAACUCCAGAUGCCAAAACAUCAUCACUUCCACCGAAUAAAACAGUGAUGCUCACAAAACCAUUACCUACUCCAUACUUGGUACCUCCUCAAAAUAAUUAUAUUACAACUCCUCAUCACCUACCAAGUGAAGGUACCUACUUAAGACGUACAGUCACGGCCACUCGAUUUAAAACAACAACUUUAAAACCAGGUCCCUUUAUAGAAUCAACAACUUCAAAUCCAGAGACUUUUCUAAAAUCAACAACUUUGAAUCCAGGGACCAGUGCAUCUCCAACUUUAUCACCUUAUAAAGCCACAAGAAAGUCUAAUUCAUUUACCAUGGUAACCGCAGUAACAGUUAAACCCCAGACCACGUCCAUUAAAAAAGCAACUAUAAAUACUUUACAAAGUAGGCCACAUGCCAAAACAUCAGAUUUCACACAAAAAAACUUAAGAAUGACAACAAAGCCUCCACACAUAGUAAGACCCUAUAAAAAUAACUUGCUGCAUCUACCAACACAUUAUGGAAAGAAUAUUGAUAAGACGGAAAAAAGUAUUCAGGAAACAACUACAAUGAAUGUUCAAAAUGUAGAGCAGACAUCACACAAUAUACAAUCAAAGCCUAAAAUUAUUGGUGGAAAAGCUGCAAGUUUCACCGUCCUGGCUAACUCAGACGCUUUCAUUCCCUGUGAAGCCACUGGAAAUCCAACACCAACAGUACUUUGGACAAAAGUGUCAUCAGGAACUUUUGCAUCCAAGACAAGGCGGGGAAACAAAAUGGAGGUUUUUACCAAUGGCACCCUCUCCAUCUCAAGUGUUGGCAUAGAGGAUCGAGGGCAGUAUCUUUGUGUGGCCACCAAUCAGUAUGGAUCAGACAGGUUACUGGUCACACUUUCUGUUAUCACGUAUCCUCCAAAGAUCUUGCAGGCCAAGUCAAGAGAGAUUACAGUGCAUUCUGGGAGUUCUGUAGAUGUAAAAUGCGAGGCUGAAGGCAGGCCUUUCCCUACCAUUACCUGGAUAUUGGCUAAUGAAACCAUUGCAUCAGAAUCACACACAAGUAACCAUAAAGUUCUUGUACAGCCAGAUGGAACCCUUACAAUGAAAGACGUCACAAUAUAUGAUCGUGGGAUUUAUAAGUGUUUGGCUACCAAUAUCGCAGGAACUGAUACUUCUAUAGUACGGAUACAAGUGAUUGCUGCUCCUCCCGUAAUUCUGGAGGAUAAAAGGCAAAUGGUUGUAGCAGCUUCUGGAGAGACGAUAAAGCUCCACUGCACAGCUAAAGGGAAUCCUCACCCUACUGUUUACUGGGUAGCGUCUGAUGGUACAAAAGUUAAACCUCUGCAAUAUGUUAACCCAAAGCUCUUCCUUUUCUCUAACGGGACCCUUUAUAUAAGAAACAUAGCCUUAACAGACAGUGGAAAUUAUGAGUGCAUUGCAACCAGUUCUACUGGUUCCGAGCGAAGAGUGAUCAGUCUCACGGUGCGGCAAAGUGAAACAGUUCCUAAAAUAGUCUAUGCAUCACCACAGACUACGGAGAUGAGUUAUGGUGACAAGCUGAUGCUGAACUGUACAGCAACUGGGCAACCAAAGCCAAGGAUUAUAUGGAGGCUGCCUUCAAAAGCAGUGGUUGAUCAGUGGCACAGAAUGGGAAGUCGGAUUCAUGUGUUUCCAAACGGUUCUCUUCUCGUUGAGUCUGUGACUGACAAAGACGCAGGAGAUUAUUUGUGCGUAGCAAGAAAUAAAAUGGGAGAUGAUUUAAUACUGAUGAAAGUCAGUGUGAGCAUGAAACCAGCAAAAAUCAUUCAUAAGCAGCACCUGACAAAGCAAGUUCCUUAUGGGAAGGAUUUCAAAGUUGACUGCAAGGCUUCAGGAUCUCCCUUACCAGAAAUAUCAUGGAGCUUACCAGAUGGCACAGUUAUAAAUAAUGUAUUCCAAGCUGAUUAUAGUGGAAAACGAAAGCGCAGAUACAUCCUUUUCGACAACGGAACUUUGUAUCUUAACAAAGUAGGCAUGGCUGAGGAAGGAGAUUAUACAUGCUAUGCUGAAAACACACUUGGUAAAGAUGAAAUGAAAGUACAUAUAACAGUGGUGGCAGCAGCACCACGCAUACAGGUGAACCACAAGACGUACAUUGUGGCCGGAGCUGGAGAAAGUGCUGUGUUGCACUGCGAGGCCAUUGGAGAACCCAAGCCCAAAAUCUUCUGGCUCCUCCCAUCAAGUGAUAUGAUAGCAACAUCCCAUGAGAGAUAUGUGCUGCAUGAUAAUGGAUCAUUGACAAUUAAUCAGAUUAAGCUGUUAGAUGCAGGGGAGUACAUGUGUGUGGCAAGGAACCCAGCAGGGGAUGACACAAAACUCCUAAAAUUAGAUGUACAACCCAAGCCACCUAUUAUUAAUGGUUUAUAUACAAACAAGACAAUAAUUAAGGACACUGCCUUAAAACACUCUAGAAAACUGAUCAACUGUAGAGCAGAAGGGACAGCACCUCUUCAGAUUAUGUGGAUCAUGCCAGAUAAUAUUUAUCUAACAGCGCCAUACCAUGGAAGCAGGAUAAUAGUGCACCAGAAUGGGACAUUGGAAAUUCGAAAUAUACGACCCUCUGACACAGCUGAAUUCACUUGUGUUGCUCGGAAUGAUGGAGGGGAAAGUAUGUUAGUGGUGCAGCUGGAAGUAGUCGACGUGCUGAGAAGGCCAAUGUUUAAGAAUCCAUUCAAUGAAAAAAUAAUUGCUAAACCAGGCAAAAUGGUAAUAUUAAAUUGUUUUGCGGAUGGGAAUCCUACUCCAGAGAUAAUGUGGCUUUUGCCUAACGGCACACGAUUUUUCAAUGGACAAAAGUUCUCUAAAUAUUAUGCAGGAAACAAUGGUACCUUAAUUAUUUACAGUCCUUCAAAAGAUGAUGCAGGCAAAUAUCGAUGUGCUGCACGAAACAAAAUUGGCUAUAUUGAAAAGCUAAUCAUUUUGGAAGUUGGACAGAGCCCUACAAUUUUUACACAUCCAAGAGGGCCUAUAAAGAGUAUAAUUGGAGAGACGCUUUCUUUACAUUGUCUUUCUGAUGGAAUACCAAGACCAAGUGUUACAUGGACCCUCCCAAGUGGAUAUAUAGUAGAUAAACCUUACGUAAAUGGAAAAUACAUGUUGCUUGACAAUGGGACCUUGGUCAUCCAAGAAACAACCAUACAUGACCGAGGAAAUUAUCUUUGUAAAGCCAAAAAUAAUGCAGGUGAGGCAUCUAUAAGUGUACCUGUCAUGGUUGUUGCAUACCCACCUAGGAUUACAAAUAAAGCUCCCCAACAUAUUCAUAUAAGAGCAGGAUCUCCUGUGCAUCUAAACUGCAUGGCCAUUGGCAUACCAAAGCCUGAAAUAACAUGGGAGCUUCCAGAUUUAUCUCUCUUGUCGACAGCUAGCAAAGGACGUCCCACUGGUACAGAACUUCUUCAUCCACAAGGCACACUAGUUAUUCAAAAUCCACGAUAUUCUGAUACAGGAAUGUACAAAUGUAUAGCCAAGAACCCCCUUGGCACAGAUACCAGCUCAACUUAUUUAAAAGUAAUCUGAGCAAACAAAAUUAAAAAGACGUGACCAAUGAAAAUGAAAUAUAUUCAGAAUGUUUUUUUUUUACCGGAAAGUUUAUUUAAAAGAAGCUAUUGGAGUUUCAUUACUUUUUAAAAUCUUUAUAUCAUAGUUUCAGCUCUUGUUAGAGAAAGACCUUUAAGGGAACAACUAUGCAAUGAAAUGUUUUAUUACCAGCAAGUGUGUAAUCAACAGACAUUUUAUUUAAGGCAGUUUUUCUCAAUCUCAAAGCAAUAAAGCUGUGAAAAUAAAAAUUAUAUAAAUAUAUUUUAUUCAAAAGGUUAUGGUGGACAUUCCAUUCUAUUCAAUUCUUUUCUGAAACACAGGUUUGAAAUCAUAAUUAUUAUUACAAAUGAAAAGCUAAAUCUCAAACAUGUUUUAUGUUACCAGCUAUGUUACAUUACGUAAAACUAGUUCGGGUUAUUAUGGAUUCUAAACAAUAAGAAAAUGUAAAUGUUAAGUCACGGUGUAAAUAAUACAGUUGAAUGCAUGUCUCUUUAAAUAUCUUGCUAAUAGUUGUACUCAUUCUGCAAAAAUGUAAAAUACACUUUGAUAAUUUUAGAAUAUGCCUUUGAGCUAAUUAAACAUAAAUGGUUAACUGACAGAAUAUUAGGGCACCAGAAUGUAUUUUUCCACUUUUGUGAUGUAAGCACUGAUUCGGCGUUAAGCUUACAAAGUUGUGAGUGUGUUUUGAUUAAAUAAAAGACAAGAUUUUAUUUUGGUAACAAGAAAAUCAAAUUCUGUAUUCUAGACUUAUUGUUGCAGAUAUGAGUGCGGUGACUCAAUUAGAUUUUAUGAGCCUUGUGUCUCUGACGUUCAUGGGCAUUCUCCAAAAUAGUAAAAGAAAGUCUGUUAUUUAUAUGA